AUGGAACCGACUAGCGCUUCGUUGCAGUCGUCUGAUCAAGACCUUAAUACAGGAUACGCCCUUUAUGAAUCAUUAUAUGGCUACGUCCAAGCAAUGCGAUCCACAUUUUCAGAUAUUGAGGCAAGAGCCAGAGAUCUCACCAACUGUGAAGAAUACCAACAACAGACAUCAAGACGAAUCAAGCGAAAUACAAAGUACGACCAUUUCAGCGGCUCUACUACACUCGACGACUUUGUUGAAAACCAAACACCUGGACAACCUUUCGAGGUUUAG